UGUUGACUUGGUCAUCUCCCGUGGUUUAGAUGGAUAAUGGCGGUUUACAUGAACAUAUUAGGACAGUCCUGUAAAUGUAGAUUGCAGCUAAAUUUAACGAUGUUUAAUUGUGCUGUGAAUUGUAUUUCAUCUAGCUGAUUUGUAGCACGACGCUGUUCAUCGGCCUAGAUAACUCCACCUGUCUAAAGAUGCCACCGUUUCGUCUGUUUGGAGAGAAGCAGCUUCCAACUGCUGUAAUAUUUAUGGUCUGGUCUCCAAAGAGGGAUCUUAUCGCGCUUGCCAACAAAGCUGGGGAGCUUUUGUUGCACCGCUUGGCCAAUUUUCAGCGUGUUUGGAGUUUAGCUCCAAAUGAAAACACAGGAAAGGAAAUAUCUUCUGUUGCUUGGAGACCAGAUGGCAAAGUUUUAGCCUUCAGUCUUGCCGAUACAAGUCGGGUUGUUCUUUGUGAUGUAGAGAAAGCUGAGGUCUUGCACUGUUUCCCUGUUGAAUCUCCAGUGGCAUGCAUGCAUUGGAUGGAAGUGUCUGAAGAAAACAGCAAUCACACUUCAGUUUAUAGUGCUGAAGAUGAAUCAAAUCUUUUCCUAACAAAACUUCCAGCAGUACCAAAAAGCUACAGCACAACUUCAAAAAUUUUCAGUGAAGAAAAAUCUGAUGAAAUUAUGAAGCUUCUUGAUGAUGUCAGGCUUAACAUUCUUGUAACAGGAGGAAGUGGAAAUAUCAUUGAGUUUUAUGCAUAUGGGAUGUACAAGAUUGCUACAUCAUGUGGGGUCCCUGGUACUUGUCAGGGUCUGUGUUUAUCCAGUGAUCUUAAGUCUCUCUCACUUAUUACUGAAAUCAAGGCUACCACAAAUGAACGUGAAAUAGUUUAUCUUCAGCUUGAUACCAGCUUGCUAUCAGAUUACCUUCCAGAAGUAACCCGAAUGGCUAGAAAGUUCACACAUAUAUCUACUCUAUUACAGUAUCAAAAAUUGUCACUGACAUGUAUGUGUGAGGCAUGGGAAGAUAUCCUGAUGCAAAUGGACUUGAAGCUAACAAAAUUUGUGCAGGAGAAAAAUACGACUACUUCGGUCCAAGAUGAAUUUCUGGAACUCCUUUUAUGGGGAAAAGCAAGCCCUGAACUGCAAGCGUUAUUGAUAAACCAACUGACAGUGAAGGGAUUAAAGAAGCUUGGACAGUCCAUUGAGUCUUCUUAUUCCAGCAUCCAAAAACUUGUAAUUAGCAACUUGCAGAGUGGUUCAGAGGCACUCUUGUAUCACCUUAGUGAACUCAAAGGAAUGGCAUUAUGGAAACAAAAGUAUGGACCCAUUGGAUUAGACUCAGCCAAAAUAGAAGAUGCAGUCACUGCAGUUGGGUCUUUCAUACUCAAGGCGAAUGAGCUUUUACAAGUUAUAGACCGCAGUAUGAAAAACUUCAAAGCAUUCUUUCGAUGGUUAUAUGUAGCAAUGCUUAGAAUGUCAGAAGAUCAUGUUCCCCCAGAAUUAAACAAGAUGACACAAAAGGAUAUUGCAUUUGUUGCAGAUUUUCUUUCGGAACAUUUUAAUGAGGCUCCAGAACUCUAUGAUCGGAAAGGGAAAUACUUUAAUGUAGAAAGAGUUGGCCAGUACCUAAAAGAUGAAGAUGAUGAUCUUGUAUCCCCUCCAAACUAUGAAGGAAAUCCUUGGGUUCAUUUUGUACAAAAUAGCCCACACCUUAAAGAAAGCCCAUUACUUUUUCCAUGUUAUCCAACAAAAUCGCUUCAUUUUGUGAAACGAGUCAUGGAAGGAGCAAUUGAUCUAUGCUUGGAGAAGCCUGCUGAAAUCAUUGGGAAAUCGGUGAAAGAAGCAAGUUGUAUAACUCUUUAUACAACAACAAUAAACACCUCUACUCCCCGAUUACUUGAACUGCCAUCUCUAUGGAAUGAAAAAAAAUCUGGGAUGCAUUAUGUGGUUUUCACUAUGCCUGAAAUUUCAUCCAGCAAAAUAUACAUCAUGAAGAGAUCAACAGAUUUUUCCAGGGUUGUCACUAGUGGUCUGUUAGCCAUUGACCUUGGGAAUCUCCUUAUCGGCAAUAUUGAUGAUAGAACUGACACCUGCUGUUACAGUUGCCUAGAUGCUCGAUUCUAUGAUGAUGAAACCCUAACAGUUGUACUCGAAACUGCAGAGGAAGAUCACAGGGAGAGAAUAUUAGCACAGUUACCACUGAAUUCAGUGUAUAUAAAUGAAAAAGAUUUCAGCUGGGACCCUAGUCAGAGACUUGAUCAACAGAGUGGUCAUAUUCCUGUUCAAAAUGUAGUGCUAGAGAAUCAGUGGAGAGCUUUGGAUAACAUGAAAGCACAUUAUGUUGCUGUGAAUGGAAUUCGCAGAAUUUCCUGUGUGCUGAGCUCCAAUUUGCGCCAUAUCCGUGUUUUUGAAAUGGAUGUGGAGGAAGAAGAAGAAGAUGAGAAACAAGAUUUGCAGAAUGCAAGUGCUGAUUUGAAUCAAGUUGAGGAGUCACUGACAAGUGGUGAUGGGUCAGAAGUGCAGGAAGACUGUGACACAGCUGAAACACCUGAUUUACAGAAAGAAAAUGAUCCUCUCCUACAGACUUGAAUGUCUCAAGAGGUUUAGCUGCUUUCACACAAUAUUUAUACUCCACAGAAUGUGGUUAUCAGAAGAAAGUAGGGACUUCAGGAUAUUAAAGAUUUGUUGUACCUCUUUCUGAUGUGUAUUUUCUAGUUUCAUCAGCUUAAUAAAUAUUUGCUUAGGAAAAUUUGUACUUUGACUAAUUUUAAAGUGUUUUGUAAUACUUCUGAAAAGAGUUACAACUGCUCAUAUUGCUACUAUUUUUUUAAGUGGAUUGGGCAAUGCUCAGUUUAUUCACAGGAGGAAAAAGUCACAGUUACUCUAGAAAGCUUGCAUUUCUCUUUGGGUUUUUGCAAAUUCAAAUGAACUGCAUUUUUAUGGGAAUCAUGUUACAUACACAAAUUAUUCUGCAUCAUUGAGGUGGAAUUAAAUUUGGAAUUGAUUUUACAUUUUACUUACUAUAAAGACUGAAAUGCCAUGAUUUUAGAAAGUAUUCAUACCUUUCGCUAUGACAGCAUAGAACACUUGAAUCCAGUUUUAUAUGAGGUCAUUCUAAAACCAACUACUGUUUACAGACAUUGUGAGAGAAUAAUUUGAAGGUGAUAAUAGUUAAGUAUUUUGUUUUGUAAUGUACAAUUGAAAUAUAUAAAUGUUUGUUUUAGAAAUGAAAGUGAAGACACUGUUGAAAUGGUCAAGUAAACAAGCAGAAUGUUCCAGGGGGAUGGUUCAAGAAACUGGAUGAUGUAAUGUUCUUUCAUACACCUAGUAAGAUUUGCUAGUUGGCACAUGUACAGUUUUCAUAACAGAGAUGAAUUCAAGAGAUACUGAAGAACAAUGAUAUAAUGGAGAAAGUCUUUUAUUUUAGGCUGGUUGUGCUCUAUGCUAUAGCACCUUGUGUCUUUUAACCAGUCACAGUAUGAUAUGUAAGUAUUAAUUCAGCACUAUUAUGCAGAAGUAGUUGUUUAUAAAAUGGACUUCUACUCUUACUUUUUUUGAUAAUUUUGUAACAUACUGCAGUGAUGGAUGUUCCCCGUUUGCCGUGGUGCUGCAAGAGUAAAUAAAUGACACAGAUGGACAAGCUU